AUGUCGGCCGAAACCUUCGAGUUCCAGGCUGAGAUCUCUCAGCUCCUCUCGCUGAUCAUCAACACCGUCUACUCCAACAAGGAGAUCUUCCUGCGAGAGCUCAUCUCCAACGCCUCCGAUGCCCUUGAUAAGAUCCGCUAUGAGUCGCUCUCCGACCCCUCCAAGCUCGACUCGGGCAAGGAUCUCCGCAUCGACAUCGUCCCCAACAAGGAGGGCAAGACCCUCACCAUCCGUGAUACCGGUAUCGGUAUGACCAAGGCUGAUCUCAUCAACAACCUGGGUACGAUCGCCCGCUCCGGUACCAAGCAGUUCAUGGAGGCCCUCUCCGCCGGUGCCGAUAUCUCCAUGAUCGGUCAGUUCGGUGUCGGUUUCUACUCCGCCUACCUGGUCGCCGACCGCGUCACCGUCAUCUCCAAGCACAACGAUGACGAGCAGUACAUCUGGGAGUCCGCCGCCGGUGGCACCUUCACCCUCACCCAGGACACCGAGGGUGAGCAGAUCGGUCGCGGCACCAAGAUCAUCCUCCACCUCAAGGAGGAGCAGACCGACUACCUCAACGAGAGCCGCAUCAAGGAGGUCGUCCGCAAGCACUCCGAGUUCAUCUCCUACCCCAUCUACCUCCACGUCCUGAAGGAGACUGAGACCGAGGUCCCCGACGAGGAGGCCAAGGAGGAGGAGUCCAAGGAGGAGGACGAGGAGAAGAAGGCCAAGAUCGAGGAGGUCGACGAGGACGAGGAGAAGAAGGAGAAGAAGACCAAGACCAUCAAGGAGAGCAAGAUCGAGGAGGAGGAGCUGAACAAGACCAAGCCCAUCUGGACUCGCAACCCCGCCGACAUCACCCAGGAGGAGUACGCCUCCUUCUACAAGUCGCUCUCCAACGACUGGGAGGACCACCUGGCCGUCAAGCAUUUCUCCGUCGAGGGUCAGCUCGAGUUCCGCGCCAUCCUCUACGUCCCCAAGCGUGCCCCCUUCGACCUCUUCGAGUCCAAGAAGACCAAGAACAACAUCAAGCUCUACGUCCGCCGCGUCUUCAUCACCGACGACGCCACCGACCUCAUCCCCGAGUGGCUCGGCUUCGUCAAGGGUGUCGUCGACUCCGAGGACCUGCCCCUCAACCUGUCCCGUGAGACCCUGCAGCAGAACAAGAUCAUGAAGGUCAUCCGCAAGAACAUCGUCAAGAAGACCCUCGAGCUCUUCACCGAGAUCGCCGAGGACCGCGAGCAGUUCGACAAGUUCUACAGCGCCUUCGGCAAGAACAUCAAGCUCGGUGUGCACGAGGACGCCCAGAACCGCCAGACCCUGGCCAAGCUGCUGCGCUACCACUCCACCAAGUCCGGCGACGAGAUGACCUCCCUCGCCGACUACGUCACCCGCAUGCCCGAGCACCAGAAGCAGAUGUACUACAUCACCGGCGAGUCCCUCAAGGCCGUCCAACGCUCCCCCUUCCUCGACAGCCUCAAGCAGAAGAACUUCGAGGUCCUCUUCCUCGUCGACCCCAUCGACGAGUACGCCUUCACCCAGCUCAAGGAGUUCGACGGCAAGAAGCUCGUCGACAUCACCAAGGACUUCGAGCUCGAGGAGAGCGAGGAGGAGAAGGCCGAGCGCGAGAAGGAGGAGAAGGAGUUCGAGGGCCUGGCCAAGAGCCUCAAGAACAUCCUCGGCGACAAGGUCGAGAAGGUCGUCGUCUCCCACAAGCUCGUCGGCGCUCCCUGCGCCAUCCGUACCGGUCAGUUCGGCUGGUCCGCCAACAUGGAGCGCAUCAUGAAGGCCCAGGCCCUGCGUGACACCUCCAUGAGCUCCUACAUGUCCUCCAAGAAGACCUUUGAGAUCUCCCCCAAGUCCCCCAUCGUCAAGGAGCUCCGCAAGAAGGUCGAGGCCGACGGCGAGGGUGACCGCACCGUCAAGUCCAUCACCCAGCUGCUGUUCGAGACCUCGCUGCUCGUCUCCGGCUUCACCAUCGACGAGCCCGCCAGCUUCGCCGAGCGCAUCCACAAGCUCGUGUCGCUGGGUCUCAACGUCGACGAGGAGGCCGAGACCAGCGAGGAGAAGGCCGCCGAGGAGGCUGCUCCCGCUGCCGCCGCCGGCGAGUCCUCCAUGGAGGAGGUUGACUAG